CGCCGCGCUCUCAAAAUGCGCCAUUUUCCACCAGCGCCCAACAAUAUCAACAUUCAAGUGACACCGCUCUCUUGAGCGAAAUGGCAGUUUAACGGCUUGCGGCGGUCCUAGCAGCAGCAAAUCCAACAGUGCAUCAACCCAGUGCACUGCUUCAACUUCAUAUUUGUCAAAAUGACGUCCUGUGUGGAAACCCUCAGCACUGCUGUAGUUGACAGCAUAAAAGAAUCGCUCAAACUCUUACUGCCGUACCUACCGUCUCAGAUCCUAGUGACUGAACAACAGAGCUAUGACCAUGAUGAGCUCACAGUUUGGCCUGGACGAUAUGGAGGCCCUACUCUGGGGGCCUUCCUCUCUCAUGGCUGACCCCAUGGGGUCGCUGCGCCACCAAGAUGAAGUUGCCUCGAUAGAGGGGGGAGCUUCUCCCCUCUCGUCAUCUUCCUCUUCUCCACUUCUCCUACUAUCCCCCCCUCCCACUCCGCCGUCACUGCUCCUCCAGGAAGAGAAGGCUGGGGCAGACUUGCUGUCCUUCCCUUGGCUAUCUGCUGACCAGCUAGGCCACACCCACCACAUUGGUGCAGAUGAUGGGAAAGAUGCCUUUUCUGGCAUGGACUGGAUGGCCGAGAGGGUAGACCUGAGUGAGUUUGAUUUGGACUCCCUUAUUGGUUCCUGCAGCCCAGACGGUUCCCCCAGCUCCCCUGAAGACCUCAUCACUUCCUUUGAGUGUCCCAUGGAGCUGGACUUACUCCCCCUCCCUACUCCCACGGACCUCCCCACCACCACUGAUCCACUUCUCCCCCCAACCAUGUCACAGCCCCAGGAAGACCCUCAGGAGGGGUUUCAUUCACCUCCCCCCUGCGUCCCUGAUGCCCAGGAGGAGCUGGAGAUCAAGUCGGAGCCCCAGUCUCCAGCUCCCUCUCCUCCUCCAUCUCCCACCUUCACCUUAGAGCUGGGCAGUGAGGUGUAUGUCUCAGCGAGCGUCAGCGAGAACCUGGAGGUUCCCCAGCCAGUCCCCAGCAUUGUGCUGUCUCUCUCGCCGACCCGCAUCGUCGUCCUCCUGGCCCCUAAACGGGAGGUCGGUGUGACAACCACUAUCACCAUCCCAGAGAUCCUCUCUGACAGUGACAGCAGCUUCAGCUCCUCUAGUCAGCUCAACCGGCCCUCCAUCGCCACAACUCAGUCAAGGUUCCAAAACGAGAGCAAACCGUACCCAACAACCCCCAAGUCUAGGCCACAACAUCCAGACCAGCCAUCCACCACCACAUCGAGUGGGAAAAUGAAGUCCUCCUCUGGAGGACCCCCGAAGGAGAAGAAGCUCAAGAAGAUGGCGCAGAACAAGACGGCGGCCACGCGCUACCGCCAGAAAAAGAAGACUGAGCAGGAGGCCUUGAGCGCGGAGUGUGACGACCUCGAGCAAAGGAACCACAAGCUUGCGGAGAAAGCCGACUCCAUCGCCAAUGAGAUCCAGUAUCUCAAGGACCUCAUGGAGGAGGUGCGCCAAGCGAAGAGCAAGAAGGGCCUUGUGACCUCUAACUGUACUGUGUAACCCACCAAGUAUCCCACUAUCUAAAAUCUAUGCUUUUUAAAUGCAUGUAUUGUAUUGUAUUGUAUUGAGACUCCCAACACCCAAGUUCUAUUGACCUUCCUGCCUGUCUCUUCCUUUAAGAGUUUGAGACUAUUGUUCUUGUAGCUUGAGUUUGAUGUAGUCCCUUAUCUCUUGUAUGAAAACCUUUAAGUAUUUUCCAGACAAACAAUAUUCACUUGUGUAAUUAGUCUGAUCUUUUGUAGUCUGUCAUAGUUUAUCAAUAGACGUGUCUAUAUUGUUGUAGAUGCAUGUCUUAAAAUAGGCUUUGAAGCCUCUUAUUCAAAUGUACUUUUACUGUAGUCGGAAUCAUAAAAAGUCAAAUCCGUUUGGUUUUGUGCUAUUCGUUUAGCAAACAAACUGGGAAUGGGAGUAUACAGUGUUCAUGAUAAAGUAUAUUAUUGGGACCAA